AUGGUAAAUGACCCAAAAGGGCCUAUUGGUGGCAGAAUAUUAGGCGGUAUAGAUGGUGGUGGCAAAACUUCUGGCGGUGCAGGAGGCAUGAUAUCAGGCCUCGGCAAAGGAGGUAAUUUAUCAGGCGGUGGCUUUCCUGGUGCUGGAAACGGAAUAUCAGGAGCUGAUGGCGACGGCAUAGGUGGGCAAGGAAACUCUGGUCCCGGGUUCGGCCCUGGCCUCAAUGGAGGAGGGUCUGCCAAUUCAGGUGGACUAGAUUCAGACACCUCUGGUGAGAUUGAAGUUUGGCCGGUUUGUAACAACUCGAGCAACUCUGGCGGGUCAAAUUGGUCAUGGACACGGGCUAAAAAUAGUCGGGCUAUAAGGAAUGGGAUGAUUGGAAUCACGAGGUUGGCUGAGAUUGCGCAGGUACUGGGCGGCAUUUUUGCUUUAGGCUAA